AUGGCUAUUACUACGAGGCGCCACCUCCUCUCUCCCUCUGCCCGCUCUCCCCCACCAGGAGGCCGCAGAGGAAGCGCCCGCCUGUACCAGCGGUGUCUCUACUGCCUCGAGGGGGAAGAGUCGGUCAGGCCGCUGCAGGAGUGGGGGCGCCUGGCUCAGCGGCCGCAGCCAGCGAACCCCUUCCCAGACCAGUUCAAGGACUUCUUUGGCCAUCGGUUCCGCGUGGUGGCCAUGAGGACUCUGCCCUGGAUGGACUACGAGGGGGGAGGCGGGGGAUGGGCAGGGGGGCCGCUCACCCCCAGGGACUCCCUCAACGCGCGGAUGCUGCGAGCCAUGGCGGACCACUCCAACUUCACGUACGAAGUGAGAGAGCCCCCUGAGGGCAGAUUCGGCCUCUACCUGGGCAACGGGACUUGGACGGGCAUCGUGGGCGCUCUCCAGCAAGACGUGGCCGACUUCUCCACUGAGAUAGGACUCCUCCCGCCCCGCCUGCAGGCCAUGGAGCCGUCCUUCAUCUACGCCCGAGACAGGAUCGUCAUCGCGUCCCCGAAGCCUGGUCCGCUGCCCCAACACCUCGCCAUUUCGCGCCCCUUCGCCGGGACCGUCUGGCUCCUCAUCCUCGCCGGCGUCCUGGUCUCCGACGUCGUGGUGUGGGUGUUGCUGCGGCUCGUCGCGUGGGUGACGGGGGCGGGCGGCGCAGACGUGGGUGGAAGUCUGCUGUACUCGUGGGCGUUGCUCAUGGAAAAUCCCCCGCCCCCGCCUUCGCCGUCGUCAACGAUUAGGGUGACCGUGGGCUUCCUGCUCCUGUACACGCUGGUCAUCAACAGCGCCUACCGCUCGUCCCUGAUCGCCCACCUGACCGUGCAGGGAUUCCCGCCGCCCAUCGACUCCUUCGACGACCUUCUGGAACAAGGCGGCUGGACGUGGGGCAGCCAGCCGCUCUUCGGCACCUUCUUCGUGUUCUUCAAUCAGAGUUCCGAUCCGGUUGUCCAGCGAAUCUACGCCGGCAUGGAGGUCGCCUCCAUGGACGAGCAUCUUGCGAAGAUCCCGAAGAAGCGCCACGCCUUCAUCGACUUCAAGUACAACCUCCGGACCCAAGUGGCAGCUCGACUCACGGACGCCUUGGGGUACACGCCCGUCCACUUGAGCAGGAGUGAAUAUCCUUCGUACGUGGGGGAUAUUUGGGGAUUUCGGAAAGGCGCCCCCUUCCGUCACCACAUCUGCAUGCUGCAGCAGCGGCUCAUAGAGGCUGGGUUGAUCGACUUCUGGCUGCGUGACGUCAUCCGGGCUUACGCUGAUAGACACAGGGCGAAGGAAGACGCGGCCGUGGGAGCGACCGAGCGCCUGUCUCAGGACGGAGACGGCAUCGUGGUUCUGAAUCUGAGCCAUCUGCAAGGCGCCUUUUACCUGCUGCUCCUUGGACACGGAGCAGCUCUCAUCCUCCUGCUUUUGGAGGUGUUCGUCGACCGCGUUCGGGGCGAAAGUCGUUGAGAUAACAAGACCAAUGAUGAAGGAAAGAGUGAAAGGAAAUGGCGAUGAAGCAGAGCAGAAGAAUGAAGGACAUUUCGAUGCAUUCAAAACUGAACCAUUUUUCUUUUUUUUUCGACGAAGCAGAACUAAAGAAUGUUGCAUAUUUCGAUGCAUUAAAACUUGAAUCAACUAUUUUCCGAUAUAUCUUUUUGAUUUGGCGUAUAUAGCAGUUCGCCGUUAAUCUAUCUGAUUAAAAGGAAUGUAUAAGCUUCGUUAUCCAGGUUAUUCUUAUGAGCUGUGAUAUGUCAUAUUCGAAUUUCACGCUGCAAGCUUAUUAACAAGUAAAAGCGAAGUAACUUGCCUGCCGCUACAGACCCGCACGAUAUAUAAGCAUGGAAAGAGAGAAUACAUGAAUUGAAAUGUAUUUACUUAAGGAUUUGUGAUUUAAUCGCGUAUUUACACUGGCCACAAUGUUUCAGCAAGCUUUUUUUUAUGAAUACUAGUUAGAAGUUCUUGGUACAGCAUCAUGGAUGCUGUACGCACUCGCACAACAAGAAGCACUUUAAAGUUCUUUUCAUGUGAAUAGUGAAACUAGAGUAUUAUGGCGAAAGAGUAAAACCUGAUUUGACGAUUAGGAUAAACUGUGUUAAAUGUCAAAGGCUAUAGAGCGUUAUAGCAAAGACUAUAUACGAAAGAUAGGAAAGUAUGGCGGAUAGUGUGGUAUCUAAACAACAGAUGACGCUGUGCACACGGUGUAUCGUCACUUAUGCAUUGAAAAUGAUAGGAAAGGGAGAUUUUUGUUUUUGCAUGUUUUAUGCUUCCUGUCCUGUUUAACUGUAGGCCUGCUUUCAUUGAUGAUGACUUGCAAUAAGGAAAUGUUUUACACGUGUUUUGUAUAUCCUUGAUUUAAUGACAAAACAAUGAAAAACAUGAAAAAUUUAUUAAUGCAGAUUAAUGCCAAUUUUCUGACAUUGACGGGGAAGGGGUCGAUAUGGUAGAAUACUUCACCAAUAUAAACUUCACGGGGGUCAUGUCUACGGAAACUUAUCUUUAGAAAUAUUGGUGUAAGGCUUAAGCUGGCUUCUAGGAAUAAUACAGCAUUGUACUGCCACGGCAUCAGAGUCAACACGCCAGACGAGCAGGCUGUUUUCACAUUCUAAACAGUCAUCGUUGAAACGGGGAAAUGGAAACAGAUCCGGUGCAAGUAUUAAGAGAGGAGUGAGAUCAGUUAGGGUAGAUAGUGCACAAGCGUGGGCCCCCUGACGUAACUGACAAGGCGAACGAUCAGAACAACUGCGAAAGAAACGUUGUCAACUUAUUUUGGAGACAUUGUUGGAAGAAAGGGGUAUUGUUGGAGUAAGGGGCAAGGAGUAAGGAGUAAGGGGAACCACAAAGAAUCUAUCCCACUUGGCUGGGCCAGAGAGAGUACUCAAAAGGUGGUGGUAGUAUAAAGGCGAGGACAGGAGGAAGAUGAGGUGGUGUGGAGUGAGGUAGAACUGUGGGGAGUACAAAAAGGAUGAAGAGUAUCAUGGGGGAGGGGAUAGACAAUGAAGACUGUGCAGUAGGAUGGAAUAGAUGAUACUGGGAGGGAAGGGGUGUAUUCUGAAGGUCGAGUAAUGACCUGGGUGGACGAUUCCUUAUGGAUAGAGUUGACAACAAACAUCGAGGAGGGGGCAUUAGUAUAAGUGGUCGGGGACGUGGUCAAAAGAGACGGGGAUCGGAAAACCAAUGAAAUCAAAUUUAGAUAGGCUAUUUGAUGAAGGGGCUACCCCACACCUUAGGAAGUAGACAGAAGGUGAUGAAUAAAAGGAAAAGGAAAUGGGGAAAAGAAAAGACCAUGCAAAAUUGAGGUGAGGGCUGAGGCAUAAGUCUGCAUCUCCUAAGCCCCCUCAGGACAACAACGAGGAAGGCAUUAGCAGUGCACAUAGGGUAAGAAUAAUUGUCAUCAGUGUACUUAAAUUUACAACACACCACAU